AUGCAGAACGAACAAACGCCACUAUCCGCUGAGGAUACCCUACACUGUCCCGAUGUUGUGAAAGCUACCGAUGUGAGCAACUAUGACGAGGUGGAGGAACUGAUACUCCUACACAUGGCAGAUGACAUCGACCCCGUUUCCCCGAAGCUCAAGGCGAUUAUGGCUCAAGAGGGAAGCACACACGUGUCUCUCACGGGAAACCGGAGACAAAUGUCUCCACUACUCAUGGAACGUCCUAAAAGUUCGGGGAUUGACACGUCAGCUUUCUGCUUUGGAAAGCCCACUCAAGGUCCGAAUUCGUUCUCCCUUCAGCCAGCAAAGCGCUCGCCAUUAGGCACUACGUCUUGCGAAGCUGACUCUCCUCCCAAUCACGGAAAUAAACUAUCCUCAAACCACAAAGGUCAAAGCCAAGAACUCUCUUCAUAUCCAGAGAAUGCCGGGUCUGGCACUGGCACUCUGAAGGUCGCAUUGCAGGACCGACAACCAGAAACGCAAAAGCCACAGGCUACAGCUCCAAGUCUGCCACACAAAGCGCUGGAAGCUGAGCACAUCCUACAUGUUUCUCACAUGCCAAUCGAAACACAGGUUGCCGGACGUACUGGAACUACCAAGGAGAGUGCCAAACGCCUGACCACAACUCGCCCCAAUGAAUCCUCAAUGAUGUCCAAGCGAUGUAAUGAACAGAGCAAGAUGCUUGACCAACAUAUACUGGCCCCUACGAACCAUAAAGCCAAAAUAGCAAAACGCAACGGUAUACACAAAGAACGAGCCAUUGUGGGUUCUACAAAUGGAGGGUCUCCAUUAUCAGAGGAAGAUCUAUUCCACUUGUUGAUCGACCGUAUCAGGGAUCGUGAGGAAAGUGCAAUUGCUGCUUUGCAUAUCCGACAGCAAAUGGAGACCGAGAUCAUCAAAGUGGCAGAAGAGAAUGAUGCGCUAAAAAUCCAACUGGAACUAUCUAACAAGCAAAUUCAGAAGCAGGCCUCCGACCUAAAGAUUUGCGAGUCUCGACUAGGAACUUGGAAAUUAAAGCUCAUGAGGUUUAAGGGCUUCUUGAACGAACUUGGCUGCGACUUUCAGAACCUCCGUGGUGACGCAAUUCAGCUGAAAGCAACAAGAAAGGAAUUGCUAAAUGAGCGGGACGAGAUAACCGCUGGUAUCAGUGAAGCAAAAGCAAAGCUAGCCGAAGCUUCGAGCAGUGUUGAUCAAAGGCGAGAACAGCUAUUAAAGGUGGAGGGCCAACACGAGUUAAUCAGGCAGGAUCUCAGAAAUGCGGAGACCAGGGCCAACUAUCUUUUACACCAGUUAUCUGAUGAGAAGAAAAGAUCCAAGCUACUUGAGUUGUACAUCCAAGAUUGCUCCCGGGCCCAGACAACAAAGUUAGGCCAGAUCAUGUCGCACCAGCAUGAGAUGAUGAAGAAUAUGGACACCGCAUUGGAAAGCUUAGGGCACCAACAUGAUGCUUUGCUCAAGACUAUUCAAGGAAGUCUAUGUUCUGAUCUCAACGAGUGUCUGAUGUCUCUUAGAGAAGUCUCGGAGAAAUCGUCAAGUGGCCAAAAGGGCGUACAUGAAUGCAAAGAAAUCAUGCAGAACUUCGCAUUACGUAUCGACUCAAUGAUGCUCCAGCUGAACUCAGACAUUAGCAGAGAAGCUAAGUCAAAUGAAAGCCUGACCCAAAGUCUGAAAGAGCAGAUUUUAGUCAUCGAGGAGCAUAUUGCCAGCGACUGUAACCUGUCGAAACAACUUUCCAUCAACUCAGACAACUAUGAGAGCCUGCGUAAAACUCUCGAAGCAUUCAAAGCGACCACAGAGAAGAUCACUUGCUCGAUGCAGGGGUUAGAGUCCAAGGAGAUUGGGCUUGCUGGUCAAAUGAACGCCUUCGGAAUAAGCCUGGCGGAGGCAAGGAUUCCCCAGCAAAUCGAACCAUCGAGAGAAGAAAUUUGUGGUUACGAGAUGAAAAUACAGGGAAUGAAGGACAAGAUGGAGAGCUUAUCUGAAGACCUCAACGCAGCUCAAGCAGCCCUGAAAGCCAAGGAGCUCGAGACGGAGGCGAUGAAGAUUUCAAUGUCGGAAGCAUCAUCCAAGGCGGAUGACUCCGAGUCCCGCGCACGUGCAUGCGAAUCAGAAGCUGCUGCCUUAAGGGAUGAAGUCAAAUCAGUCGAGAUAAGGGUUCGUGAGGAGCUCAACCGCGCGAGUGUUGUCUCCCGCGAACAAGAUCGAGCGAAGUACGAGCAGCAACUGCACGAGCUCUUGCGCGAAAAAGCCGACGUUGAGAGAAAUAUAGAUAGGUUAUCCACGCAACUGGCCGGGGCUCGACUAGCACUGGCUGAGUACGAGAACAAAAUGAAGGAGCGGGAGAGUGAGAUGCAGCUCAUUCUGACAUCAAAAGAAAUGAAAAUCGAUAACCUUAAGAGUCACGCCUUGGAGAGUGCAGCUAAAUUGGAGGACCAAGAGAAAGAGGUAGCUAGACUGACGGAGGUAGAGUCAGUCAGCGUAACUCAGCAGGCCUCGCUCCACAAUCAACUCGAGGAAGCCACUAGUCGAAUAAGGAUUCUCGUAGACGAACGCUCCCGAGCCAUCAACGAAAGCCACAAAUCAUCGCAGGAUCUAGAAGCGAAGUUUGAUGCCCUCGAGAUGGGCUUUCGGAAAAAGGAGAAAGAGUUUGCCCUUAUACAGGAAAAUCUCACUGCUGCGAUAUCGGAAAAGUCUGACCUUGAAUGCAGCCAGCAGAAGGCAAAAGAAGAGAUGCAUACACUGCUGGAGAGGGUUGAGGAUUCGGAGAAUAAGAUGAAUAAAAUCGAAGAGAUACUCAGUCAAAUGGGUCUUUCUACGCCUGGCCAGUCGUUCACUGAAGUGUGUGGUAUCCUGCAGACAAGUUUACUCACAGCUCAGAACAAGCCCAUCGACCCUCAGUCGAAUGCAUCUCCGAGUGGAAGGGACGUCAGUUGCUCGAACGCCGUGACUGCGACACCGCAAAAAGAUAUUUUAGGCCUAGGGCAGGAGCUGUACAAGGCAGAAGUAAUUUACCGAACGCAGAGUAUCCAGGCAAGCAUAAUUUCUUCUCCCUUCCCACGAGAGGUUAAGCUGGGAGAGAACAGCAUCGCAAGCCAAGAGCGUCUUUGCUCGGUUGAGAACCCCAACAUUGUACCGUUCUCGAGUAUUCGUCAGCAAGCAUCCCCGAGAGAUAGCCCAGUGUUCGGGCAUGAUGAAAAUGAUCUUGCAGCUAUGUUGAUGCUCACACCAGGGAAAAAGGUCAUCACAGAAUGCGAUGCACCCAGCAAAUCAGAUGAAACCUUAGCGACGAAACCGACAGAGCUGAAACAAGAAAAGCUUCCAAGGAUUCUUGCUCCCGAGAUGGCGAUUAAUAAAGCUGCUUUGGAAGUCAAGGACUCAGUGCCCCUGUCGAAUUCCCAACCAGAUGUAAAGGGUACGGAGGUGUCUGAAAACAGAGGCAGCAGAGCGAACACGAAGCCCAAAGCCGUCACAUUUGAGACCGAAAGUCCGAAAUCUGCGGGUCAGAAACGCAAACAGCCAGAGUCCAAGAGCAAUGAUGCUCCGAGCAAAGUACAGAACAUGUCGCUGAUCGAAGACCAACCAGCUCGUGUCAAUCGGCGGACAUACUCCAGAGUUCGACAUUCGGUGUCAAGAGGUGCAGCAAAGGCUACAGAAGUAGCCCGUUUCUCUGCAGGUGAUGCAGCUGAUGGAGACACUCAUGUUCCCAUCACGCGCGCCGCUGGAAACAAACGAGCAAAGGCUUCGAUAGACCCCCCUGGUCAGCGACAGACGAAGUCAGUGUCUGAGUACUUUGAGCGCAAAUCGAGUCCUACGAAGCUAGCUUCUGGAAGCAGCCGACCUCCUUCGAUGAAUGCAAAUCAGAGUAAUAACCAGAAGUGGCCAGCUCGUGGAAGGAGUUCAAGACGAACAAGAGGGGAACACUACAAUGCUCGUUUCAACCGCGGAGCGUAAGCCAUUGCCGGUGUCAUCGGAUGCGAUUGGUAAUCGUGGUGGGAUGUCAGCGAGUCAGUUUCUGCUUCAAUUCCUCUCAAUUUGACAGUAUAUAUGCGUCUUCUCUUUUAUCGUUGAAAAAUGUGCAAAGUCAUGCUAUCCACUAUGUCAGUCCCGAUUCCCACCACCAUACUACCCCAAACCACAGAUGUAUAA